GCUGCCGCAGAUGCGGCGUCGUCGCCGCGACGCGGAGCAGCCAUGCUACCCGCAGCUGGCGGCGGAUGCUUGGAUGCUCGCGGUGGAGGACCUCCUGGGCGCGCGCACCCCGGUGCGUCGCAACGAGGUCCUUCGCUAUGCUGCUGGCUUCCUCCUGGUUCGUCGCUGGGUUGCCCUGCGGCGUCCUGGGACACCCCGGGAGCGGCGCUACGCACGGCUGCCGGCGGACGUGGCGCAGUUAGCGCAGGCCUCGUUCCCUGGGAGCUUCGUAUAUGCGGUGGGCGGGGGCAACGCGCCCGAGGACACCCGCAUUCGUCACCUCCUGGAAGUGCUGAAAGUGAAUGACGAGAUGUGGGACUUUUGCACCACACGCUUUGACGCCGCCUUGGCGCAGGCCGUCAGUGUGCCUGACGCGGAACGGAAGGCCUACGUCAUGGCACGGUCCUGCAGUCGCACGGCGGCGGCUUUGCGGUGCUUCUCCGAGCCCUGGGACUCGGUGCAGCAUGGAAUCACUCUCGUCCUGGCAGAACUGCGCGCGAGCGCAGUGGAGCCGCGAGAGCUCUUCACGCAGAGCUUCGGCCCCAACCGGCGGCACUACAACUCCUGCGUCGGCGACCGUGCCGCGCAGGAGGCAUAUGUGCGCGUUGCCUUCGAUGUGGCGCUGCCUCCCCUAGAGUGGACCCUGCCGGAUCCGAGCGGCUGCGGGCAGGCGCUGCACGCCAGCAAGGCGGAGCUUUGCGAGCAGCUUCUGCAGUGGCCACAGGUUGGACCUCUCACGGCCAAAAAUAUCUUCCAGCUUCUGCGCCGGGCGCCGCUGUGCCGCGGCUUUCACGCCGCAGCAACACGACGGAACUUGGCGCGGGAGCGGUUUGGUUUUACCUCCGCCGGGGCGCGCAUGUGUCUGAACUUGCUCAUCUGCGAAGCUGGAGGCCGCGGCUUUCUUCGAGAUGCCGCGGGCAUGGGGCCAAUGCGCCAUUUCAGCCGCCUUUUGGUGCACUUCCGCGGCAGCAUCUUGGGGCAAAUGCGGGCCCUCGCCGCAGGCAGUAGCACCUUGGAACCGGUCCUCCUGUCCUUUGAGGACCAGGAUGAGACCUUUUGGACGAACUUUGAGGUUUCACCCGGGGCGCGCGCGGAGCCGCGGAAGAGGGGUGCAGUGCGGCGCUCACCCUUCUUCGCGGUCUAUCUCCAUUUCGUGCUGGUGGAAUCACUGCUGGAUACGGCUUGGAUGGCCGGCUUCUUUGGAGCUCCGUCGGCCGUGCGGCUGCGGCUCAGUGGCCGCGCCGUGGAUCGCAGCCUGGCGCUACAGCUCGCUUGCCAGCAGCUGUUCCCCGUGCUGCGGCAAGCGUUCGAGGAACGUUGGGUGAGUACGCAUGCUGCCUGGUGUGGUCCUGCUUGCGCCUCUAGCAUUCUGGUCGAUGGCAAUGAGAAGCUCGUCCCGCAUGGGUGCUGCUUCGCCGAACGCGGUCUCGAUGGGCGAACCGCCUUCUGUUUGCGAGCCCCGCGCCGCGGGCACAUCACCUGUGGUAUUGCAGAGCAUCGUGCGCAGGAGGAGCAUUUGCUGCAGGUCCAUGCGGCCCGCUUGCGCGACCGCCGGCGGCAGAGGUGGCAGCCGCGUGCAGCGCGGACUCCGCCUGCACAAGUGUGGGCACCAGAGGCGGGUGACUGCAACACCUGCAAGGCCCGCAGCGUCCGCGCCUACCAGCGUGGCGGCAUCCUUUGUGCGACCUUCGGCUGUGGCGUUGUCAUGCCUCCGCAGCGCUUCCAUGUGGCUGAAUCUUUGCCGCAGGUGGCAGCCUACGUGGAGCACCUGCUGCGGAUCAAUCCAGCCCUGCGCACCAUUGGCUAUGAUGACUGGUGCCAUUUGGCGCCGCAUUUGCGGUCCUAUGGGAGCGUGGCUGCUGCGCGCUUGCAGGGGUAUGUGGAUCGUUGGCACGCGCGGGGGCAUCGCCGCCCACAGUGCUGGUCGACCUACAGCCCGGAUCGCUACAAGGUCAUGUACGACUGGGAAGAGCAUACAGUUUUUUCGUCGGCGACUUUGCAGGGGCUUGUGGCUAGCUUGGUGCAUGGGCGCCAGCGCUGGGAACUACAUUCCUGGUCCGGGUGCAUCUGGGGGUCCGCGCGGCCAACCGUGCGUUUGCACGCGCUGCUGACGUACACUCUACCUUUGGUCCUGACCUUUCUCAGCCCUCAACCCGCAGGUCGCGUGCUCCGCGAAGCGCGCGUGCGAUCCGAAGGUGGCCGCACGCGGGUGGUGGAGGCGUUGCGACGCUUGUCCGUGGAGCUGCAACAACCUCUUCGUGGGUCUGGCUGGGAUGUGGACGCUGGCUUCCAGCUUGUGGGCGUCGCUUCUCCUACCACCGGUGCCCUUGUCGGGGGUUUCCCACAGAACUUUUUGCGAUCCCACUUGGCCGCCGUGACCCAAUUUCCGCUGCGGAUUUUGCUACGCAGGCCAGUGGACACCUCCCUCAAAGAGCGGCAAUGGCGGGAUCUGAACCGUCUUGGCCGCUCCUUGCGGUACUGCAGCCCCGCCACAUUCGAUGUGCUUUUGCUGCGGGCAUUGAACGAGCGAAACUGGCAG